UUAGCAAGGAUUAGCCACUGUCACCCGGCCCUCGCUCUGUUCCAACAUCACUUUUACUAGUGUCCUUUGGCUAUGGAAUUUGAAGAAAUUUGUUGCAGAGGGACCGGACGGUUACUUUUUGCGUUUAAACCCAGGAGUGGAUGGUGGAAAAGUUGAUCUUACGCAGUUUGCUGAAAUUAUCUAAGAGCUGCCGUCCGUGAUGGAGGACGACUUGGUUUGCGAAUAUGAUUCGACCUGGGAUACUGAAAGCGAUGGAGAUGACUUGGGAGAAAAUACAGCGCGGCGGUCAAGCCAGGACAAAACCAAAAAACCCAAAACGGGCUUUUGGUCCAAUUCCUCCUCUAGAAAUGUAAGAGCUGCUAAAGAUAUGCAAAACUACCGACAUGAGUACCCAAACAUCAAUGAUGAAGAAUGCCCAGAAGAUAGGAUGACCAAUCUGAAAUUCUAUCUCAAUGAAAUACCAUCGUCCCCUGAUGAUGUGUCAAUAGAAAUGUUUCAUAAAGAAUGGAGGACAGACUACAAGAGACUGGAGAGGGUACACUCCUAUAUCCAGUGGCUUUUUCCACUGCGUGAACCAGGGGUUAAUUACAUGGCGUCUGAACUCACAAAGAAGGAAAUCCAGGCAUUCAGAGAGAGUGAUGAAGCCAAGGGCAGGCUGGUGGAGUCAUACGAGCUGAUGUUGGGCUUUUAUGGCAUCCAGCUCAUCAACCAGGAAACUGGAGAGGUCAAACGCGCUGACAACUGGAGGGAGAGAUUCGCCAACCUCGAGCGGAACAUGCACAACAACCUGCGCAUCACGCGGAUCCUCAAGAGCCUGGGCGAGCUGGGCUUCGAGCACUACCAGGCGCCGCUGGUGCGCUUCUUCCUGGAGGAGACGCUGGUGAAGAAGAACCUGAGCAGCGUCAAACGCAGCGUGCUCGACUACUUCCUGUUUGCCGUGCGCGACAAGCGGGAGCGCCGCAAGCUUCUCCGCUUCGCCUACCAGCACUACGAGCCCAAGGACAAGUUCGUGUGGUGCCCCCGCAGGAUCCAGAAGCGCUUCAAGAAGAAAUCGGAGAAGAGGCAGGAGCCAUCGAGCGUUAUGGGCAAUGGGGACGGCCUGACGUCUGCAGAGGAAGGGCGCUCGAAAGGCAAGGCGAAGGACGGCGACUCGGCUAGCAGCGGUCCCAAGGAGAGCAAGCAGAUGGAGGAGGCGGCGGCAGACACGCAGAGCCAGAUGGAGGAAGACAGCACCAUGAACGUGGACCCGGAGCGACCUUCAGAAGUGUCCCCUGGGGAGUCUGCUGCCGUCGACGCGUUGUCGCCUGGGAGCCCGGCGCUACCCAACGGCAACAAGAGCAGCGGCGAGGAGAACGGAGAGAUGGAGCACUCCAGCUCGUCGCCUGACGUCAGCCCCGGGAAGCACGAGGAGGACGCGGGCAAAGAUGACGAGGAGCCGCCGAAAGACAGCGGUGAGCUGAAGGAGGCGACCAAAGAGGCGGAGAACAGCGGUGCCAACACUCAGGAGAUGGCCUCCCAGCCGUCCGAGCCAGAGAAGACACUAAAGAAGAAAAGGGAGAGUGACGCGGUGACAUCUGGCAACGGGGUCGCAGCAGCAGCAGCAGCAGCAGCAGCUGCAGAGCCACCCUCCAGUGUCCGGAAAGCAAAAAGCCCCUCCGAAGGCCCCACAGACUCUCAGGCCAGCCAGGGCGCGUCGUCCCUGGGGGAAGCCUCGCCUGCCAAACGGGUCGGCCGGACCGUGGACGAGAGGGCAGAGAAGCAGCCCAGGACAGACUUUAGCAGCACUCCCGGCACCACCACCACCACCACAGACAAUGAGGUAACAUCCUCCAAAACAACGGAAAACACAGCUGACAAUGAGCCAGCUAACGAGCAGGUCAACCAUCAGGUGAAUGGGACUGAGCUACGCAAUAACGAGGAGCCUAUGGACGUGGAGACGAGCGCCAGUCUAGACAUCCAGAAGUCCUGAGACGAUUGAACUAAAGUAGAACGCCAUAUAGUAUACAGUUGUUUUUUUUUCAUGAGUUUACCUGAAAUGACCCCUUUCCGUCCGCUCUGAUGGAUUUAAAGACUUCAAGAGAAGACCCGCAGUAUUUUUGGUUCUGGUCUUAUUUAUUAAUAGAAGACCUCAUUGAUGAUGAACUGCUAUAUGUGAAGUAUUUUGUUUCCUAAAUGUUCCACAAGCAAUGAAUGAAUUUAGGGUGGAUCUUUUUGUUUGUUGGUAUGAACAUGAAUUUGUGGAUCAGUGCACUGUGCACCCCACCAAAUUUUUAAAAAAGAAACAAAUGUUUUUGUUUUCAUUGUCUAUAUGAUCUUAGUUCUUCAACAUUUGUGCAUAAUUUAGAUGACUUUUUCGUUUUGUUUUGAUUACAAAGAAGAUGGCUGUAUUGCCUGCCUUGUUUUUUUUCUUGUUCUGGAGUAGUGAUUGGCUCUCGGUGAGAGAGCCAGUGACCCCAUAAUAAGCACUUCACUCAGUCUGUGCUUAAUGAUGCAUUUCUUUAAAUGAGUUCACGUGUAAGAGGGGCUGAGGAGAGUCACCUAUGAAUUGAAAGAAUAUUUUUCACAAAGGUGUAGAUACAGAGAGCUGAAUUCAGCACAAUGCGUUUCUUUUUUUUGUUUGUUUGUUUUUGUUUCACCAUCAAAUCCCUUUUUUUACCAUUGAGUUUCUUUGGUUUGCACUUACAUGUAAUUACAUUGCUGUAAAGAGGAAUUAAUCUUACUAAAACAGUUUUCAUAGAUACUUCUGUAAGAUAAUAGCCUACAUUGAUCUGUAUUUUGAUGGUUUGAAUGGAGUUGCACAACUUGAAAAUGAUUUUGGCAGAGAGGUUGCCAAAAUUUGAGACUCACUGAUUGUAUUGAGAGAACAGUGUUGAGGUGAUGGAAGGAUGAUCUCUCGUUUAAGGAAUAAGAAUAAUAAUUGAAUAGGAUCUUUUGAGUUAUAGAUACCAAUAUAUGGUUUGGGUUGGAUUUCAGCCUGGCAUAUAAAUGAUCCUUUUGAGAGACCACCCAAAGCUGUAUAGAUCACAAAUAUAUUGUUGAACCACUUUAGCGUUGUGAUUCAACCUGUUUCUUGUAAAUGGUGAGAGGUUGUAUUUAAUUAAAUAAUUUUGUAUGAUUGUUAUUCCUGGCAUGUUUUUUUUGUUUCCUUUCCUUUCCAGCCUCACAUCUAGAUGUUGAUGACCAAAGGUGAAGCUCUCACACACUUUAGUUUCUCGGGAACAAACAGUUUGUACUUUACAUGAGUUUUGUUGUUGUAUUUCUGUUGUUUACCGCCCAUGUGGUGUGUACAUUUGCCAUUACAUGAAAGGACACACAUGACUGUUGUCUUUGGGAUGAGGUGAAAGGGGUUUUGUGGACAGCUCCUGUACUGAAUCUGAAACAUGUUCCACAAUGAACAAUAAAGAGUGUGCCAACAGCUAAAA